AGUGUUUUGUGCAGGAAUGAAGCCGGGCAGCCUGGGACAGAGUUGAAAACUUGCAAGACGGUGAAAAAAGAAUCGGGGCAAGAAAAGAAAGAAUUAGAGGAGGCAGAGGGGAGGCCGCCGGCAUGGAACUCCUGGAGCAUUAAAGAGGAUGGACUUUCGCCUAUGGAUCGGGGGGCUUCUUGCCCUGCUCAUGCAGGGGGGCUUCUGCACGGAAGUUUGCACCGGCACUGAUAUGAAGCUUUCUCACCCGCUCAGCCAGAGAAUUCAUUACGAGACGUUGCGCACCCUGUAUAAGGACUGCCAGGUCAUUCAUGGGAAUCUGGAGAUCACCUAUAUGAAAGAAGACUACGAUGUCUCUUUCCUGCAGAACAUCAAAGAAGUGCAGGGCUAUGUUUUAAUAGCUUAUAACCUGCUUAAAUUCCUGCCCUUGGAGAACUUGCGUAUUAUUCGUGGUACGCAGCUAUAUCAAGACCGCUACGCUCUGGCUGUGCUCCACAACUCCGGAGGGACAGCGGGGUUACAGGAACUGCGUUUAAGGAGUCUUAUGGAGAUCCUGAAAGGAGGAGUGAUGAUCGUGAAUAACACCGAGCUGUGCUUCCAGAAGACAAUCAACUGGGGUGAUAUCCUGGGUCAGGGCAACGGCCUGCGAGAGGACGUGGUGGUAGAAGCCGGGAAUAGGACGUGUCCUUCUUGCUACCCUGCCUGUGGCUCUUUGGCAUGUUGGGGACAGGGGCUGGAGAACUGCCAGAUCCUAACCAGCACUAUAUGCGAAAGCGGCUGCCAGAGGUGUAAAGGCAACCACUCCACGGACUGCUGCCACGAGCAAUGUGCGGCCGGCUGCACCGGACCCAAGAACUCCGACUGCCUGGCCUGCCGGAACUUCAACCACAUGGGGAUGUGCGAAUUACAUUGCCCUCCUCUCACCAUUUACAACUCCGAGACCUACGAGUCCGUCCCCAACAAAGAUGGCCGCUAUACCUUCGGAGCGGGUUGUGUCACCACCUGUCCGUAUAACUAUCUUGCCACCGAGGUUGGCUCUUGCACUCUCGUUUGUCCCCAAGAUAAUCAGGAAGUGAUUGUGGGAAAUGUCCAAAAAUGUGAGAAAUGUGACAAGCAGUGCAGUAAAGUGUGUUACGGGCUGGGAAUGGACUUUCUAAAGACUGCCCAGGCCGUCACUGCUUCCAACAUCCAUCACUUUCAAGGAUGUACCAAGAUAUUUGGGAACCUGGCCUUCCUCAACGAAUCAUUCCAGGGGGAUUCGGAGGAUCAAAGCUCGGCUUUAACGCUGGAGAACCUAAAAGUCUUUGGGACUCUUGAAGAGAUAACAGGAUACUUAUACAUUGAAUCAUGGCCGGAAGGCACCAGCAGCCUUGGCGUCUUUGAGAACCUGCGCGUGAUUCGGGGACGUAUGCUGCAGAACGGAGCGUAUUCUCUGGUGCUCCGAAACCUUUCCAUCUCAUCAUUUGGAUUACGUUCCCUGACCGAGGUCAGCAACGGGUUGGUGCUUCUUGAAGGCAACGCUAAUCUUUGCUUUCUGGAAACCAUUCCCUGGUCCACCAUAUUCCGGAACCCAAGGCAAACUCUCUUGGAGACGGCCAACAAACCCCAGGAUCUGUGUGCUGAAGACGGACAGGUCUGCUUCCACCUCUGUGCAAACGGCGAGUGUUGGGGUCCGGAGCCUUCCCAGUGUGUUAAAUGCACGAGGUUUCUGCGUGGACACGACUGUGUAGAUUCCUGCAACCUCCUGGAGGGGGAGCAGAGGGAAUACGUUAACGGAAGUCAGUGUAUAUCGUGCCACCCUCAGUGCCUCCCGGUUGAGAAAAACGAGACAUGCUUUGGUCCGGGUGCAGAUCAGUGUACAGAAUGCGCUUUUUACAUAGAUGGCGACAACUGUGUGGAGCGAUGUCCAAGCGGAGUGAAGGGAGAGUCCUUUGUGCCCAUUUGGAAGUAUCCAGACAUAGACGGGAUCUGCCAGCUGUGCCCAGUGAACUGUUCACACUCGUGCUCUCAACUUGAUGACAAAGGAUGUCCCGUUCUCCCAAACAACAGUAACACCUAUGUGAUUGUGGCAGUCGUGGCCAGUAUCUUUCUCCUGCUUACCGUGGCAGUGAUUAUCGGAGGUUGGAUCAAGCGUAAGAAGCGAACGAGGAAGCAUACCAUGCAACGUAUCCUGCAGGAGACCGAGCUGGUAGAACCACUUACCCCAAGCGGGGCUCUUCCCAACCAAGCCCAAAUGAGAAUCCUCAAAGAGACAGAGUUGAGGAAGAUGAAGAUCUUAGGAUCAGGCGCAUUUGGUACAGUAUACAAGGGGAUCUGGAUCCCAGAUGGAGAGAACAUUAAGAUUCCGGUUGCCAUCAAGGUUUUGAGAGAGAACACGUCCCCCAAGGCCAAUAAAGAAAUUCUAGAUGAGGCGUAUGUCAUGGCCGGGGUGGGCAGCCCUUACGUAUGCCGCCUUCUAGGAAUCUGCCUUACAUCUACGGUCCAACUGGUUACUCAACUGAUGCCAUACGGCUGCUUGCUGGAUUACGUGAGGGAAAACAAAGACCACAUUGCGUCAAGAGACCUACUCAACUGGUGUGUCCAGAUAGCCAAGGGGAUGAGGUACUUAGAGGAGGUGCGUUUGGUACAUAGAGACCUAGCAGCAAGAAACGUGCUGGUGAAAAACCCAACCCAUGUCAAGAUAACAGAUUUUGGUCUGGCCAGACUGCUGGACGUGGAUGAAACGGAGUACCACGCAGAUGGUGGGAAGGUCCCAAUCAAAUGGAUGGCGUUGGAGUCUAUUCUGCAUAGAAAGUUCACCCAUCAGAGCGACGUGUGGAGCUACGGUGUAACGGUUUGGGAGCUCAUGACAUUUGGAGCAAAACCAUAUGAUGGGAUCCCAGCCAGAGACAUCCCAGACCUCCUGGAAAAGGGAGACAGGCUCCCUCAGCCACCAGUCUGUACCAUCGAUGUCUAUAUGAUCAUGGUGAAGUGCUGGAUGAUAGACUCAGAGUGCCGCCCCAAGUUUCACGAGCUGGUCCAUGAAUUCUCUCGAAUGGCACGUGAUCCCUCGCGGUUUGUGGUCAUUGAGAAUGAUGACCUUCUAGGUCAGGCAGUACCCGCAACCAGCCAGUUCUACAAUGCGCUCCUGCAAGAGGUUGCGAUGGAUGAUCUGGUGGAUGCCGAGGAAUACUUAGUGCCUCAACAAGGAUUCUUUGGAUCCGCGGAAACUACAUCAGGGAAUCGCAGCCGCAUAUCAUCCACAAGGAGUGCUGAGACACAGAUAAAUCAGGCCUUGCUUGAAGAACCAACCACUACAGUGCCUAUGCCAGCCAGGACAAUGUCACAGGGGUCUGGAGGUAGUUGCUCUGAUGCACCCAGUGAGGGAGACUAUGUGUUUGAGCCGGCACUCCCCAGAGGGAACAGCUUACUGCACAGGUACAGCGAUGACCCAACAGACUUCAAAGAGAAGCCGGUGGAUGAAGAUGGUUUGGAGACAGAUGGCUGCAUCUCCCCCAGGGUCUUCGCGUACCCACCAGAAUAUGUGAACCAAAGAGAGAGAGAAAGAAGCCAAUCGCCGGUAAAGACCCCGAGGACAUCUGUCUCUACUCUAGAGCGGCAAAAAAGUCACCUGUGCAGGAACGGAUUGGUUAGAGAACCAAGGAGCCCCGGAGCAUUAUCAGCUCUGGACAAUCCCGACUACCUUCCCCCACCCAUGCUUCACCUGCCAAACUCCUACACCCAAGCCUUCGAUAACCCUUAUUAUUGGAACCAUGAACUCAACACGGCAAGCGCUCAAGAACAGACCACGGGGGUACCUAAUGGAUUUACUACGCCAACAGCUGAGAACCCAGAAUAUUUGGGUCUGGAUGAGGCGACUACCAGACCUCAGGAUGUGACAGCUUAAUGG